CAGGCUGCUCAGGCUGAAAAGACGACCGCUCAGUCUAGCCUUGCAGAGGUACAGGCAGAGCUAGCAGCCAUCAAGUCCGACCUUGAGAGCGGCAACUCUGCCAGUCUCGAAGUCAAGGCUGUCCUCGAGAAGGAACAAAGAGAAAAGCGCGAGAUCCUCGAGAUUCUCGACCGCGAGCGCGCAGAAGUCAGCCGUAGCGCGCAGGAGGCCGACUCACUCAAGGCCACCGUCCGUGAUCUGCGCAAGGAGAAUGGACAGCUUAGCGCCGAGGUACAAGAAGUCAAGGCAACGGAGAGCACUGCGAGGUUCAAGGUUCAGUCUCUUACGCAGGAGUUGGAGCUCGCACAGAAGGAUGCCAAGUGGGCGCAUGCCGAGCUAUCGAAGCUCAAUACUGAGCAGACAGCUUUCCGCUCGAGCAAGCAUUCAGAGGUCGUCAGACUGCAGAGCGAGCUCGAUGCUGCUACCGCGUCCUUGAGUGCUCUGGAGUCCAAGGCAGAAAUGCUCCAGUCUGCCGUCGACCAGAACACUCGUAGACUCAAUGAGGCGGCGAACGAAAAGGAAGAGCUGGCUGCGAGAGUAGCGAGCCAGGAGGAGGGCUUCAGAAGGGAGAUGGAGACCAAGGAUCGCCUGACGUCGCUGCUUCAGCGCAGGGCGGACGAUUCUGCUCGCCGAGUCCAGCAGGUUGAAGAGGCUUGGGAGAAAGUCCUCGAGGAGUGCAGGGAGCGUGAAGAAGAGCUCAGAGCAGAGAUGCAAUCCGGUCGCGCAGACGUAGACCGCCUUGAGCAAGAGAAGCAAGACCUCAAGAUCGCCUUAGACCGACUGGCAGAAAGCGUCGGCAUCGACACUGGCUCAGCACCGCGUGCCUCUACCCCGUCUACGCCCCUCAUCCGCCCUUUCAAUGGCUCCAUUGGCUCCGUCGGUCUCGGUAUGUCCCCUACAGCGUCCAUGGCCGCCUCGAUGCAGCGUUCCGGCAAGACAUUCACCGAAGUGUACACCUCCCUCGCUAAGACCGAGGAAGAGCUCCGUCGCGAGAAGCUGGAGACAAGCCGCCUUACUCAGAUCCUUGAGACGGUCAUGACCGACCUGCAGGAGCGAGCGCCGGCACUGCAGGCUCAGAGAGAGGAGACGGAGAGACUAGGCGCUGCACUCGAGGAGUUGAGCGCAGACUUUGCGAAGGCGUGUGAGGACAGGGAUGUUGCAGAACGCGUAUCGAAGCAGAACCAGGCACAAAGGGCGGCUUUGGAGCGUGAGAAUGGACUGCUGGGCCAGCAGCUGGCCGAUCUGGGCCGCCAAGUUCGCACUCUUACGCGCGAGAUCAUUCUACGUGACGAUCCCUCGGCUGCGGACCGACUUCAAGACGACGGCAGUGACCUGAAUGGCGUCAGCGAAAAUGAAGGCGACACCAACAAUGUCAUCACUACACAACUCGUCACCUUCGAUUCCCUCACCUCCCUCGUCGCUCAAAAUGGCCGCUUGCUCCGCGUAGCGCGCGAGCUUGGCGCACGCAUGGAGGAGGAGGAAUCACGAUGGCGCGAGCGCAACGGUCGCGAGGAGAGCGAGGCUGUUCAAGAGGCCGUGCGCACCAUUGAGAGGCUGGAGAGCGAGAUUCACUCGGCACGCGCCAGGAUCGAGGCCGUCAGGAGAGAGAGGGACAUGUUCCGCUCCAUGCUUGCGACGGGGGCGAGAGGCGGAGGCAUUGUUCCUGCAGCCGCAUCAGCCAGCAGCUCAGGCGUCGACUCUGGCGUACAUGCAGCCCUCGCCAACCAAUACUCCACCCUCCAAGGCCAAUUCGAUGCAUUCCGUGAGGAGACGGCGCGAGACGCCGAUGCGCUGAAGGAGGAGGCACGUCACGCCCGCGAUGAAGCCGGUCGAAGCGCCCUCACCGCCGCGAGGGAGAAGGCCGGUCGCGAAGCCACCGAUCAACGUCUCCGUACCCUCCAGCAGACCUUCGAGUUGCAACGCAGCGAGCUGGCCGAGGUCACAAAACGCCUCCGCCCUCAACAAGAGCAGAUUGCCCGCCUUGAGACAUCAUCCCAGACCCUUUCUGAGGAGCUCCUUUCCAGCCGCAAAGAGCUCGACCGCCUUCGCAACGAAAGCGCAAAUCUGCGCGCUGAGCGUGACUUGGCCAAGGCGGCCGAGCAGCGUCUUGUGGAUGAAGUAGGGUCGAUGGUCAAGGAGAAGGCAAGCUUGAAUGAGCUGCUGCGCAAUGUGCAGACGAUGCAGAAUGAGCUGGACCGCUCCGCUGGGGAGACGAGGCGUAGGCUGGAGGGACAGGUGGAGAAGCUCGAACAGGCAGAGAGGGAGACAAGAGAGCGCUUGCAGCGAGAGGAGAAGGCAAGAAGGGAAGCUGACCUCAGGCGUGAGGUCGAGAGUAACAGCCUGCAGGGCCGCGUGGAGAAGGCUACGGCUGAGCUCGCUGAGGCGAGGCAGCAGCUCGCAGUCGCAAGGACCAAUGUCGAGCAUGUCACUCGCCGCGCUGAGGACUUGCAGAAGCAGGUCGACACCAAGGAGGAGAAGCUAGCCGUUUACGAGCGUCGAGCAGGCGGAGGCGGCGCAACUUCUUCGCAAUCAAGCACCGGCACCGGCGGCAACGAGCAACAAUUGCAAAUCGAGCUGGCCGAGCUUCGUGGUGAGCUCCGCAGUGCGCAAGUGGAAGCAGAGCAGUCGCGCUCGCACGUUGAGCAAUUCAAGGCCAUCUCUCAGGCCAGCGAGGAGGCUCUCUCUCAGCUGCAGGCCACCUACGAGGAAUACAAGACGUCCACUGAAGCCAGCGUUGCGCAGAAGGACUCGGAGAUCACCCAUCUCAGAGAGCGACUGGAAUCAGUCGCCACAGAGAUCACAACUCUGCAGAACGAGGCCUCCUCUGCGCGCCAGGCGCUCGAGGCACAGCGCAGCGAAUUUGCGGCCGAGAAGCGUUCCCUUGAGGACGCUCUCGCCGACCUGGGCAGCGUAGAAGAGCGGGCCCGCGCAGAGCAGCAAGGCGUGCGUGCGGACGUGGAGCAACAUGCCCGCCUCGCUAGGGAAGCCCACGCCAAGUACGAACAAGAGCUCGUCGCGCACGCCGACGACAUCCGCGCUCUGUCCACCGUCAAGGAGGAUCUGGAGCGCACCCGCACUGAAGCGCGCGAAGCGCAGCGUAAUGCUGAGGUGGCGCAAGCCAACGCUAGCUCGUCGCAGGUCAGCUGGGAGGCUCAGCGCGAACUGUUGGUAAAAGAAAGGGAUGCUGUGCAGGCGAGAUUGGGCGAGGUGACUGAGCAGAACAAGAUUCUUCAUGAGCAUCUGGAGAAGCUCACGGAGCAAGUGGGGCAAAUUCGUGGGGCGCGUAGCACCGACUCUGCCGUGGGACCAUCAAGCGCGAUCGCCGCGGCUGUGGACGGCGACGCUUCCUUCAGUGCCUCACCUCCCGACGAGCUGCACGAAGUGGUUCGCUAUCUCCGCCGCGAAAAGGAGAUUGCCGACCUUCAGCUCGACCUCAAUAAGCAGGAAGCAACGCGACUGCGGCUCAACCUCGAGCACACCAAUCGAGCCCUGGAGGAGACCAAGGUCCAGCUGGCCGAGGAGCGACAAUCCAACGCCGCCGGUUCUACGGCCGGCGAAGGGCCGGCUGCACGCCAACACGACGAUCUCAUGGAAAAGAUCAACCAGCUCUCGAUCCUACGCGAGUCCAACUCUACCCUUCGUGACGAGGCGGAACGCUCGGCACGCAAGUGCAACCUCUUGCAGACACAACUGGACAGCACCCGCUCCGAGCUUGACCCUCUACGCGAGCAACUUCGCACUGCCCAAUCCGAGCUCAGCGCUGCGCAGGGCCAAUUGAGCAUCGUCCAGGAAGACAACAAGCGCUGGCAGGCUCGCGCGCAGAGCAUCCUCGCGCAAUACGAUCGAGUUGAUCCCGAAGAGGUGAAGAGGCACGAGGAGAGAGCAAAGGAGCUGCAGAUCCAGCUAGAGCAGGCGCAGAAGCAGACGGCUAGCUCAAAGGAGCAGUUUGAAAAGCUGAGGGCACAGGCGAGCGCUACAAUUGGGAGAUUGAAGGGCGAGAUCCAGGGGUUGAAGGACGAGAAGGAGGCGCUGAUCAAGGAGAAGGAUGAGUUGAAGGCCGGAAAGGAGGCCGGUGAUGAGGAGCACAAGAGCGCAUCAGAGCGAGCGGCGGAGGAGGCGAAAGCAGCUGCUGCGACUGCGCAACAGAAGAUUGAUGAGCUCCAAGCUCAAGUCGCACAGCUGGAGGCCGCAGCCCAAGAAGCCGCAUCCAGCGCUGUCAACACAGCCAAUGAUGAGUCGUCCGCCGCUGCCAAGGCCGACAAUGCCGAUGGAGCCCCAGCAGCAGCCUCUCCCCCACCUACCUCCUCAUCAGCAGCCGAUGUGGCUACUGCUCUCGCUGAAGCCCGCGCAGCUUGGGACGCAGAGAAAGCAGAAUUGGAAACCUCGAAGGCCGCUCUUGCGACCAGGGAGAAGACACACCAUCAGAAGGCCCGAGAAUUCCUGCAGCAGGCGCGCCAGGCGAUGAAGGAGAAGGACGAGGCGAUCAAGGAGAGGGACGAGUUGAAGACGAAGCUGGAGCAAGGGAGUGGUGGGCAGGAUGGAGUGAAGCAAGAGACAGAUGGUGAAAAGCCUGCUGAGUCAAGUAGCUCCAUCACGCCCGACCUUGCUGCCCUUCAAGCCGAGGGCGAGACUCUCAAGGCCCGCAUCACCGAGCUGGAAGCUGCCCUAGAGCAAGCCAACGCGAGGAUCGCCGAGCUGGAGGCUCAGCUCACCUCUUCAACAACAGAAUCCGGCGAAGCCACGUCGUCCGACGAUACGGCAUCGCAAAUCGCCGCCCUCAAGUCCGCCCACGCCGAGGAACUCAAAGCGCAGCAAGCCACUCUCGCCAAGAGACAGAGUAUGGCCAUCGAUGUUGCCGUCAAGAAGGCUCAGUCCGCUGCCUCUGGCGGUGGUGCAGAGGUCGAGGGGCUCAAGCAGCACCUUGCAGAAAAGGAGAAGGAGCUCGCCCAGUUGCGCGAGGAGCGCGACGCUCUCAAAGCUUCUGCAGCCUCAUCUUCAACGCCGGCCACGCCAGCCGCUGGCGCGUCAAGCAGCACCGACUCAGAGGACCCGGUCCACAAGGCUCGAUACGAGGCGGGCUACGCGGCUGGCAAGAACGAGGCGACGUUGCGCAAUCAGCUGUUGAUCAAGCAAAAAGACGGGAAAAUCGCCAAGCUGACGGCAGAGAUCGCUGAGCUGCGUGGCCAAGCAAGCGGCUCUACUGCUAGCCCCAAUGCGGCGACGCCUACUGCUCCUGCUGGACCUUCUGCCGCUGGUGCAGGUGCAGGAGCAGCCAGAGGAGGACGAGGGGGAGGGACGACUGCCAACCUUCCUACUCGACCUGGAGCCGCGGGCGCUGCUGCUGCAGGAGCUCGCGGAGGGGCAGCAGCAGCAGGAGCAGGAGCCGCUCGUGGUGGUCUGAGCCUUCGUGGAGCAGGUGGUCUGCGCGGCCGUGGUGGAGCUAGAGGCGGCGCUAUUGGUGGCGCUGGUCAGAAGCGUAAAGCCUCGGAAAGUGGGGCAAGUGGCGGACCCGCAGCAGCGGGUAAUGCUGCUGGUGGGGCAGGGGGA